AUGUCACUCCGCGAAGUGUCCGUUUCCCCCCGCGACCACCAUCGCCAUCGCCGUCGGCACCAUGACCACGAUCACCACUCCGCCUCUAUAAGAGCGGAUACUAGAUCACGGUCACCCGUCAGAGAAAGCAGUUAUGACAAUCGUCGCCAAUAUCGUCGCAGCAGGCGUGAAGACAAUAGAUCAACUCACCGACGGCAGCGAUCAUCCGAAGCUCUGCCCGUCAUCCUACCAUUUGGUGCGACAGCUCUUUCAAAGCGCGAUUUACCAGGAUACAAAGCAAUGUUCGGAACAUAUUUGGAUAUCCAGAAAGGUAUCUAUAUAGAUGAACUUGAUGAGCGAGAGCUAAGGGGCAGGUGGAAGAGUUUUAUCGGAAAAUGGAACCGGGGCGAACUUGCAGAAGGAUGGUAUGACCCGGCAACUUUUAAGAAAGCUGUAGAAGGGGCAUAUAACCGUGACUCGCCUAAAGCAUCAGGCCACAGAGCAUACGGGAGGCGGUCGUCCCCUACAUAUAUGAAUGAUGAAAAGAGUUCUUCUUCUCUUAACGAAACUCAUUCACGGCUCGAUGAUGGAAGGCUAUCCAUUGAACGGGAUGAUGACGACGAGGAGGAUUCGUACGGGCCACAAGCACCGGUUCCACACCACCAAUCGUUAAGCCGUAAAUCCGGCCCAAAAAUCCCAACUAUGGCGGACCUAACCCUCAAACGAGAAGAUGAGCAGCUAGAUCUCGAAGAAUCCCGUCGAGUUAAUAGAGCCGCCCGCAAACAGGAGCUCAACGCCCAUAAAAGCGAGCUCCGCAAAAUCGAGGACGAGAUUGCCCCACGAGCAGAACCAGGAUCUCGAGAACGCCUUCUAGAGAAGAAACGGGAGAAAUCAGCUUCGAAUCGUGCGUACGCAGAGGCUCGCGGUGGGUCCCCGGUAGAUGGUGUUGCGGAUGCGGACCUCAUGGGCGGAGCGGAAGGGGAAGACGGCUUUAAGCAGAUGAAGGAGAAGCAAAUGCGAAAGAAAAAUGAACGGGAGCUGCGAAAAGAAGAGAUUUUGAGAGCUAGGGCGGAGGAGAGAGAAGUUAGGCUACGGUCUUAUCGACGCAAGGAGGAUGAGACGAUGGAUUACCUCCGCGCCAUUGCUCAGGAGAGGUUUGGAUAA